AACAUGAGCAACUACAACCGUUCAGCAGCGACUAUAGAUUGAGCCGCAGCUCUACUACCUUCAGAAAAGUCUGCAGUUUCAGUCGCGCGUCGUCGCUUCGAGCGUAAGGUUGAAAGCCCAGUCAUCAGAGAAAAGAAUAAAACACGUUAACAGUCAACCAGACAUCAGCUAAAAGCGACUGGCUAACAACAUGGAAACCUAUUUGACGGAGAUCAAACAGUUGCGCAUACCACGCCCGAAAUUCGAGCCCAACAGUUGCCAUCAGCAGCACCAACAUGCGGUAACAACCGGCGGGUCCACGCCCAUGCAACCGCCCCCGCCCUUACACCACCGCCAGUGGCGACACUUUGUACGACCCUUUACACCGCCACGUGAUUACCAUCUGCCCAUGGUGGCCGAGGGUUCAAUGCAUGACAAGAUGUGAGAAGGAUUCAGUGGCUAGGCAAACAUGCUGCCCAUACAUAAACCCCAUAUAUAUACAUAGAUACUUAGAUAUAUAGUGCUUAAGUUGUAGUGUUAGUUAAUAUAGUUAACGUAUGUACUAUAGAUACAGAUACAGUUACAGAUACAAAGAAUAAAAUAUACAAAACUUGA